AUGGCUACCCGCAGCGGGAAGGAGCCGCUGGACCCAGUGCGGCUGAACCAGCUCCUGUGCGAGCGGGUGCGGAAGGAACUGCAGUGCCAGAGGCUGUACACGGAGUUCCGCGUGAACCCGCUCCACGGCGUUCACGCAGUCACCAGGAAGCCUAUGUCUUGGCACGAGAAUAUAGAAGAGUCAGCAGAUGCCAAGUUUCUGAAACUUAUUAACCAUGCAGCACUGGAGCCAACAAAGAAAUAUUCAGAACCACAAACAGAAAGCCAAGAAAUUGGCUGGAACACCACACCUUUGAUACAUAUGGAUCGUACUGACCGCAGACUCUACUUCCCACGCAGGAGAACCGAUAUCUCUAAAUAAAUGGCUAACAUGAGGCACAGUGAGGAGCAGUGUGAGAACCUGCAGUAGAGGAGUGGCAAAGCCAGUCAAAAGCAGUUAAUGAGAUUUAAUGUGUUAGGCUCUUCUUGUUAUUAGGGGAGUCUGGUAGAUUUCUGACAAAGUAAGGGGAAGA